UCUGCAUGCGCUCGAACCAAUUUUCGAAGCACUUAUUCCACUCGUUUGCUGACAGAUCCAAAACGGCAUUUUUGAAUGCGUCAACUGCUUCUUCUGGUGACUGGAACCUUUGACCACGCAGUCUGUUUUUAAUUUUCGGGAAACUAAAGAUAUCGUUAGGACUUAGAUCGGGACUAUAUGGAGGAUGGUCCAAUAAUUCCACCUUUUCUUCCGUUAAAUACUGCCCUGUUUUUUGGGCUGUGU